AUGGCGAUCGGGCAGCUCGGCGGCGGAGGAGGAGGAGGAGACGGCGGCGGCGGCGGCAGCGGAGGAGGAGGAGGAGGGGGGAGAGUGGACGGGCGGCGCCAGUGA